AUGCGGGAAACGAAUAUUUUGCUUUAUAAUAAAAUAUUUAACUAUUUUUUUUUGUCUAAAAUAAGGAACUUUUUCAGUAAAAAUUUUAAAAGUUUUGAUGAAGAAUGACGUUCAUUGAAAGUUUUUCAUUAUAUUUUUAAUAUUAAUUGGAAAUAAUUUUUACUGAUGAGAAGAUAAUCAUGAGGGUAUAUUGAACGAUAAAAAGAGAUGUUUUAUUAACAAAAAGAUGAUCAACAUCUUUUCGAAAUUUAUCUUAAUAUAUCUCACAACAAGUAUGUUUUCAUCUUCAUCGUUACAUAUUAUUUUAAAAUAUUACAUUUAUAAAUAGAUGUAGUACAUUCAAAAAUGCCAUUGAAAUUUGAAAUAAAAGAUCCGCUGCUUCAAUCUGUAUUUAAUAUUCCUGCGUCAGCUUUUGUAUGCUCUAGAAAAAAAUCAUGUAGCAGAGACGUACACAUAUUAUAUCAAGGGCGUAAAGCGUUUUUAUGGCUCAAUGUUAAGGUAUUUUCACGGUCAAUGCAACCUGUUACUUUUCAGCUACAAGAAUCCUCAUCACCUUCCAAGGAAAAUUUAACAUGUAGAUUCUACGACGAGGUAAAUGUAUUAUCGGGAUCUCGCCGUAUACAAUCCAGUCUGUCAUUCAAGAAGAAGAAGCUAUUCAAAUCUAUUGAGUUAACGCUAAUGCCAGUAAAUGAUGUAAAUUUCACAAAAUCGACAAAGAAGAUUAUCUAUUGUUUAAAAGCAAUAAACGAAGCUUGUUACAAUCAUGAUCUUUCCAAAUCGUCCCCUCGGUCAACUCAAUGUCGAGACGGUGAAAGAUAUUGCAAUAAGCUUUCGAAAUGUACCGUAACAGACGUUGACUGUAACGCUAAUUGCAGUAUUCUAAAUAGCUUUAUAUGUGAUUUAAAUACAAGAUGUCUGCACUCUAUGUACCGUUGUGACGGUGUAGAUCAAUGUGAAGAUCACUCGGAUGAGUUGGAUUGUUUGCCGACUAUCACUUACAAAUGGUGGGUGUUUAUUAUUCCCUUGACGCUCUUUUCUAUACUGGCUAUAAUUUGCUUGAUGAUGACGAGAAAAAGGACGCAAGAACUUUUAACAGUUGUUGCUGCAGCUCCUACAAAUGAUAACACCGUAACAAGAUCUGCUGAAGAGAAUGAUGAUAUGCAAGUUGAAAAUAGACAAGACGAAGCACUAAUAAUGUCUCCACCGUCUUAUAGCGAAUUACCUGACAGGCAAACAAAUGCAUCCCAAAACAUGCAUCUUUCAACUUCUAUUAUUCCACCCCUCCCUAUUACUCCUCCUCCACCAUACGAAAGCGUUGUAGGAGGAGCUACAGAAAAUCCACCACCGUACAAUAUUUCAAGGAGUAUUCAGCAAACCUCAGAAACUACGUGA